UAUCUCAAUUGCAACAUGACAACAUUUCUUCUUCCUUCAUUAAUCUUGCAUAAAGAUAUCUCUUCUUUAAAGAAGAGAAACUAUACCCAAAAUCCCACCUCUCAAAUUCUUUUUUCAGACAACAUGAACGAUUUAUUUUCUAAUUCUUUUAAGCAAUAUCUAGAUUUAAAGAAACAAGCAUACCUUGACGACAUAGAGGGUGGACAGGGUGGGGGUGGUGUCCAAAAUGAAACAGUUGAUCUUGACAAGUUCUUCCACGACGUCGAGAAUGUGAAACAAGACAUGAUGAUUGUUGAAAAUCUCUACAAGAAGCUCCAAGAUUCAAAUAAAGAGAGCAAGACGAUCCAAAAUGCCAGUAAGAUGAAGCAGCUCAGAUCCAAGAUGGAUUCAGAUUUCACACAAGUGUUAAAGCAUGCAAAAAACAUCAAGGGCAAGCUAGAAGCACUUGAAAAGUCUAACCUUGAACACCGGAAAAUCGCAGGUUGUGGACCUGGGUCGUCGGCUGACCGGACCCGGACAUCCGUCGUCGGUGGUCUGGGUAAGAAGCUCAAGAUCAUGAUGGAUGACUUUCAGGCGUUACGAGUUCAAAUCAACGAUGAGUACAAGGAGACUAUGGGGAGAAGAUACUUCACCAUCACCGGUGAGAAACCCAAUGACGAGUUAAUUGAUAGUUUGAUAGCUAGUGGAAAAGCUGAAGAUUUUGUUCAGAAAGCAAUCCAGGAACAGGGUCGAGGUCAAAUCGUGGACACGAUCUCCGAAAUCCAAGAAAGACACGAUGCAAUUAUGGAAAUAGAGAAGAAUCUGAUCGAACUACACCAGAUCUUCUUGGACAUGGCUGUGUUAGUUGAGGCUCAAGGACAACAACUGAACGACAUCGAGAGUCAUGUGGCCCAUGCAAGUUCAUUUGUCCGACGUGGGAUAGAUCAGCUGGUGGAAACAAAAGACUUGCAAAAGAGCUCCAGAAAAUGUACUUGUAUUGCCAUCGGUCUCAUCCUUAGUAUCGUUUUCGUUUUCAUUUUGUUUUGCUCGCUUCAGUUAUCAAGAUUCUAACAUUUAUAAGUUUUUUAUUUGAAUGUUUUGUUUAUUUUCCCCUCUUUGAGGUAAUAUUUUUUAAUUUUUUAUCCCACUUUUUGUUUUCAAAAUCUUGGCUAAUGGUAUUGGUAGGUUUGAAUUCUUAUGCAGAACUUAAUAGAAAGAAACAUAUUAUUUACACAAAAAUCUUUAAACUAAUUUUGUAUUUUCCUACAUAUAUUUUCUCAAUGACUUUGUAUGUUAUGUAUAUUUGUCUGUUAUUCAAAUGAUUU